AGAUUUGAGAAAUUAAACAAAACAUAAAAACGUAUUAAAGAAUUCGAUGAAAUAAGUGGCUAAUAAAAUAAGCACGGAAAAAACUUAAGAAUAUAGAUAUUGAAAAUUUUUGAAAAAAAAAAACUUUUGACGAAGAAAGUGCGCUGAUAAGUGUAAAGAUUAGACGGAUUUUGGACAAAACGCUUAAAUUUUCGAAAAAGCGAAAACUCAUUUGGAAUUCGGAAUAAAAACGAACGCUUGCAGUUAAACUGAACAGCUUUUCACCGCAUGCGGACGUGCGUGUACACAUAAAAUAUCGGCGACAAAAAAAAAAUCGUAAGCGAUUAGCGUGUGUUUGCGAGCAGCGGCAAUAGCAGCAGCAGCAGCAGCAACUAUUUGAAGCACAAACGAGGGUAAGAGUUACCAUUCAAAACAAAACCGAACCUUUGCUAUUGCGCAGGCGCAGCACACGUGUCUCGAGUGAAAUUGCGUAGUAAAACGUGUGCGAUUCUGUAGCGUAGUGUUGUAGUGUAGCAGAGCGGAGAAGUAAACAGGGAGCAGGGAGGGCACAUUUUGGUGCAACGCACGCCGGCGCUAGCAAGCAAUUUAAAUGCGAAGAACGCCCAAAAGCAGAAAAUCAACAAAAUUGGAAAAUUCCCUUUGGCAUUAUCAGAAAUUCUUCAGAGAACUCAAACAACGACGCAUAGAAUUUAUGCAGCAAAAAAUUUAUCGAAAAUUUCGUUUUGGCAUAAUUUAUUCAGAUUGCUUAGUGGCUGCAGAAGCAGAACAACAACAACAACAACAACAACAAGAAACCAGAAACACAGUAACGCAAGCGCAAGCGCAGACGCAGACGCAGUUGCAAAAGUUGAAGCUAAAACAAGGGCAAGUGCAAGUUGGAGUGGCAUUUGAAGCAAUUAACUGCUCGUAUACGCAACACGCUGGUCAAUUGCGCGGCACGAAACGCAAUCGCGUGAAAAAAGCUACAAAUACGACGACGACCCGGAAGUUUGCCGCAAGCAGCACAAAAACAGCGAACGCCGCAUACAGGAAGCUCCACAACAGCCAGUCAACGGCGGCAAGCAACAAGCUAAGGAGCAGAACGUCAGCAACAACGGAUACGGAUACGCAGACGCAGACGCAGACGCAACCGCAGCCGCAACCGCUAACGAAACGCAGGUACGGAAAUAGGCGCACAAAGCUUAUGCCGACAUUGGCGUACGCCUUGCGAAUGCCAUUGAAGCCAACGACGAGUGCAGCGCAGCGCAUGUUGGUGAAUGUUUGAAAGAGGAGAAGAAGAAGAGGAAAGUUGAAAAGAAGAAAGCAAAUUUUGGCAAAGAAAGGACACUAGAGGAAAUUGAAAGCGAGAAAUUUGACAUUUUUUUUAACGAGGAAGAAUUAAAUAAAAGAAAGGCAGAAAAAAUUGCCAAACGCCAGCCGCAAUCGCCCACUUGGAUGGCUGGCUAACACCAGCAUAGUUGCCGUUUUGGAUUUUGGAAAAAUCGUCGAAAUUUAGUGGCGGCCAACGUUUGAGAUUUCAUUGCUGGUCAACAACAAAAACAACAACAAACAAACAAGCAAAAAAGAAAAAUAAGCCUUCAACUACAUUGGGCUUGACAAAAAACCAUUUGGCUGUUUUUACACACACACAUAUACGUAAACCUUAUUUACUUAGUUUUAUCGUUUUGUUCCGGUUACUUGCAACAAGCAACAAACAAACGUACAUACGUCGUUUAAUUUGUUAAUUUUUUGGUGAUAGUGCUUCAAAAAAAAAAACAAAAACGAAGGCAUUUAAUUUUUAAUUAAUUAAUAAUCUUAACUUAAUAUAAUUCAAAAUGGAUCCACAGCAACAAUUUUGUUUAAAAUGGAACAGCUACUCGUCCAAUUUGGCAAUAACAUUCUCCAAUCUAUUCAAAUCGGACGUUUUGGCGGAUGUGACAUUAUCGUGUGAUGGCACAGUAUUCAAAGCACACAAGCUCAUAUUGGCAGCAUGCUCGAAAAAAUUCGCCGAGCUGUUCGAGAGCACACCAACAAAUGGACAAUGCGUUGUCAUAUUGGAGGCCACUUCGUCCGACAAUAUGGCUGCACUGCUCGAAUUUAUGUACAAAGGUGAAGUGCAUGUGUCACAAGAGGCUCUAAACAGUUUCCUUAAAUCUGCGGAAAAUCUACAGGUGAAAGGACUGUCCACAGAAACUGGCCGCUUGGCCGCGCAACAGGCACAACAUGUCGAUACAUCGCCACUAGAAUCACCCACCGGGCGACGCAGCAUGCGCAAUAGCCUAAGCGGUGGUGCUGGCAUUGGCAAUGUUGUCGGCAGUACUCCGCUCACCAGUAUCGGUGGUGUGCCCAGUGGCGCCAUUAUCGGUGGCAAUAUGGCUGGCAUAAUGGCCGGAAAUGCAGAACGCAAUAGCAACAGCGGCAAUGGUAGUGUAGGCAGCGGUACUGGUGCCUGCAACCUCACUGGUGGUAGUCUCAUCAGUGGUCCUGGUAGCGCACACUGCAAUCCCCCAGCCAGCACUGCAAGUGCGCUCGGCGGCGGUGGUGGCGGUGGUGGUGGUGUUAGUGGAGCAGGUGGUUUAGGCAGCGGCGGUGCCGCGAGUGUUACACAUCACCUCAGCAGCUCAAGUAGUAAUUUGAAGCACGAAUGCGAUUCUCUAAUGCAAAGUAGUACCGCAGCAGCGCUGGCCGCAGGUAUACCGCCCUAUGUGCCGCCCAUCUAUCGUCCCAUGUCGUUCGAACCACUGCGCAAGCGCGUACUCCGCAGUCCAUAUGCCGAGCAAGAGGUGCGCGGCAGUGUGUUACGUGAUGGUUCGAAAAAUUCAUCGUCCGAUUGCGCGAGUCCGAUCAGUAAACCGCCCUACCAUCGACCGUCGUCGAGCGCAUCAUCGAAUGCACCCACCGAGGCGGACACAAUGCAAUCGGAGCGUACGUCACCGAGCCGUUAUGAAAAUCACAGUCCUGGCGCCACCGCAGGCAAUGGCAAUGCGCCAAGCAGCCUAGACCGCUCAGUGAAAACGGAACGAAACAAUGGCAGCACACACGAGGCUAUUGGUGAUGACAGGAGCGAGCACGACGAAUCGAUUGAUAAUGGAGCCGAAGAUCUGCGAGUGAAGUUGGAAAAUUCCAACUAUUCGCCGCCACCGCCACAGCCACCUACCUCGAAUGCAUCUUCCACAACACCAUCCGCCUUGCUGGAGAACCUUAAGAACGUCGAAGCUGGAUUGCCAAGCAAUUUGGCUGCAUCCAUAGCGCCGGAGGAUAUGUUGAAUGUAUGGAAUUCGACGAAAAUGAACAACAAAAACAGCGGCAUGGUCAAUACGGCGGACGGCAAAAAGCUGAAGUGCCUGUUCUGUGAUCGCCUCUAUGGCUAUGAGACAAACCUGCGUGCCCACAUCCGCCAACGACAUCAAGGCAUCCGCGUCCAUUGUCCCUUCUGUUCGCGUACCUUCACCCGCAAUAACACCGUGCGUCGACACAUCGCACGCGAACACAAACAGGAGAUCGGCUUAAGUGCAGCCAGUACUGGUAUUGUACCCGCCUCCAUCGCCGCUGCGGCUGCGGCGGCGGCCGCGAAUCAUUCACAAUAGGAUGCGGCCGCAACAGCGGCGGCAGCAGUAGUCAUGAGUGCGCAAAAAGCAGCAGCAAAACAACGUAAACGAAAAUCAUUGAAAAUGGCAUUGGAGAAAUGUAUGCAACGACGCGACGCAGCAGCUAGCAGUGGUGGCAGCGCUAGCGCAAGCGUAAGCAGAGCCGUCAUCGGCGGCAGUAGCAGCAGCAACACGAACAUCAGCAGCGGUGGCUUUACUGGCGAUAUAGCAAGCAGCAGCAGCAACAACGGGAACGCCAAUAUAGCCGCCAUCGGCGUAAUAGCUAGCACAUCGACGCGUGCGGCAGAAGAACGCAAACAACAGCAGCAGCACCAACACGUACAGCAGCAAGUCGAGUUGGAGCAUAGAAAACAUCAGCAAACACAGCAGCGGCAGGCGCGGCAAGAGCGGCGGCGUAAUAGUACGACGAGCACGCGCAACGCCAGCGCUAGCAGCGCAAUGGUGGAGCAAAAGGUGGGAGAACAGGAGGAGGAGGAGGAGGAGGGUGUGGAGCCGGAGGCUAAACGUGAAAAGCAAGAGCCACCAAUGGCUGGGGUGGAGGAACGCGCACACGAGGCUGAUAUCUCGCUGAUGGAUACCACUGGUAGUAGCGCCACCACCACAACCACCGCCACUGACACCUCCACCACCAGCACCACUAACAACGACCGCCACAACAACACAACCAGCACCAUUGAUUCAUCAUUUGUUGGUGGUGAAUUGGCUGACACCACUGUGGAACGUUUGGAUACAUCCAGUGAAAUGGAAACAGAUGCGGUUGUACUCCCAACAACAACGACACAGGUGGUAGAAGGCACAAAGCGGUCAGUUGUAGCAGAAGCACCAACAUCAAGCGCUGAAGCUGAAGAAAAUACCGCUGUUAUUACACCUGAAACCACAAUAACAAUAUUAAACCCGCUUGCUGCACAACAACAAAUAAUAAAAACAACAACAGCCUCUAAUGAGGCCACUACACAAAACCCACCGGUACAAAUGGAAACCGACGAAGAAGACAUCGACAAAGUCGCGGCCACAGCCACUAAGUCCGAAGCUGCUGCGGACAUAGUUGGGGCUGAAACGCAGGUGACCACAACAGAAACUAUAGAAACAACAACAAUUGAAAAUGCCAAUGCCAAUGAAACGCCACCAACGACAACAAAAGCUGCUGAAUAAAUGUUGUAGUUGGUGAAAAUGAAGGGAUACAUAAAUCGAUGCAGAGAGGAAGAAGCUUUAGGAGAUAAGAAGAAUGAAGAAGAUGAAGAGAAGAUUUUCGUUUACGCGCACUCAAAAGGAGCACAUCCUAAAAGAAGAAUAGGAACAGAGACUACUGUUGCAACCGCUGUUGCACUCGGAGGAAGUAUAUUACUUAAAUAAAAACAAAAACAAAACAAAAAACAAAAAUAAUGCUAAAUAAGUAAAUAUGCAA